AUGAGGUGGUGUUGCGUGGUUUUAUUUGCGAUCGUAAACGAUUUUGUUAAAGGAAAUGUGAAUUAUUCUUUCAUUAGCAAUGAGUUAGUACCUGAUGUGAUACCUGUUGGCCCGUCGGAAAGGGCAGAUGUGCUGUUUGAGGUGAACAAAAACUUUGUGAGGACAGCAGAAGGCAACAUCCUGACUCCAAGCGAAGUUAGGAACCCGCCUAUAUGGGUACUAUGGAGUUACACUACGACCAAAUAUUAUACUCUCAUGAUGAUCGAUCCUGAUGCACCAACCCGAGAAGCCCCAACGUACCGCUCCUGGCUACACUGGCUGGUUGUGAACAUCCCUGGUAUCUACAUCCCCAGUAGAGGAGAGACCCUCGUGGAGUAUGUGGGGGCUGGUCCCCCAAAUGGCACAGGGCUGCAUAGAUACGUGUUCCUAGUAUACGAACAACCAGGGUUGAUGGAGUUCAAAGGAGCUCCUGUAUCUUCGAAUAGGACAUCUGCAAACCGAUUGUCAUUCUCGGCUGCCGAUUUCGCUAAGAAAUUUAACUUAGAGCAUCCUAUAGCUGGUGACUUCUUCCAAGCAGAAUAUGAUGACUAUGUGCCUAUCCUGAAUAGACAAUUGAAGGGUGAAGUUAUUAGAGAUGGUGAACCAGCGUCCGCUGCUCCUCAACCAAUGUUCAAUCUGAAUUUAAUCUUAUUCCUAAGUUGCAUAAUGUUCAUUUUUAAAGCUCAGAAUUAA